UCAGCAGCCGCCUCUGGUGGAGCUACAGGCGGCAGGACGGACGGCGGCUCCCCGGGACUCAGGACGCCGGUCUGUUGGAAGUUUACCCCGGAGAGCGGAACAAUGAGGCAGAGCCGCCGGGCUGCCGGACCGCUAACGGCUAGCUAGGAGCGGAAACUCUCCGGUAACUCUCCGGUAACGGCUCUCACACCGACUUCUACCGCCUCACACACAGCUCGGGACACUUUAACUCAUAUUUACCGGCUUACCGGUCACUUCUGGAGGCUUUAAUCUGAACUAGAAGAAGUUUGUUUGUGGAUAUAAUGGAGACGGACUCGGUGGCAGGCGACGUGGACUCCCUGCACGGAGGACUGCUGGACCCCCUACUGGACCGGAUCCUGGUGGACACCGUGUCCCAGCAGCAGGGCUGGCUCCGGGUCUAUGACGUUAAAGGUCCUCCGGCUCACCGCUUCUCCUGCGGCCAGAGUCCGUACACAGACAGCAGCUCCUGGGAGAGGAAGCUCUGCAUCCUGACAGACAGCCAGCUCAUCCUGCUGCACAGGGACGACCAGGCUGCAGGUGAGGAGUCUCCCACGGACUCGUCUAAAGGUCGUAGUCUCCGAAGGACAGUCAGCGUCCCGUCAGAGGGACAGUUCACAGAGUUUCCAGCAGAGGGCGCAACCGCCAUGCUCGAAGUGUCUUCGGAGCGCUCUCCCAGGAGGAGGAGUAUCUCUGGUCUGAGCUCAGAGAAGAGCGUCGCUGUCGACAACCCCAACUCGUCUCCUUUCAAGGUCCCGGGUUUCUUCAGUAAACGUCUCAAAGGAUCCAUCAAGAGGACGAAGAGUCAAACCAAACUGGACAGAAACACAACGAGCAGCUUCAGACUGCUGAGAGCAGCAGAACCAGACAGGUCUCGUGGUCUCCCCAAGCUGAAGGAGUCGAGCUCCCAUGAGUCCCUGCUGAGCCCGGGCAGCGCGGUGGAGGCUCUGGACCUCAGCAUGGAGGAGGACGUGCUCAUCAAGCCGCUGCACAGCAGCAUCCUGGGACAGGAGUUCUGCUUCGAGGUGACGUUCUCCGGCGGCAGCAAGUGUUUCAGCUGCACGUCAGCGUCAGAGAGAGACAAAUGGAUGGAGAACCUGAGGAGAACCAUCCAGCCCAACAAGGACAACUGUCGGCGGGCGGAGAACCUGCUGCGUCUUUGGAUCAUCGAGGCCAAAGACCUGCCGCCCAAGAAGAAGUACUUCUGCGAGCUGUGUCUGGACGACGUGCUGUACGCCCGAACCACCAGCAAGACUCGCCACGACAGCCUGUUCUGGGGCGAGUACUUCGACUUCUCGGGGCUCCCUGCCGUACACAGCGUCACCGUGCACAUAUACCGAGACCUGGACAAGAAGAAGAAGAAGGACAAGAACAACUACGUGGGGCUGGUGAACAUCCCUGUGGCCGGCGUGACCGGCCGGCAGUUCGUGGAGAAGUGGUACCCUGUCAGCACACCCACCCCCAGCAAGGCCAAGGGGGGUGGGCCCUCCAUCCGCAUCAAGUCCCGCUUCCAGACCAUCUCCAUCCUGCCCAUGGAGCAGUACAAGGAGUUUGCCGAGUUCGUCACCAACAACUACAGCAUGCUGUGCUCCGUGCUGGAGCCCGUCAUCAGCGUCAAGAACAAGGAGGAGAUGGCCUGCGCCCUAGUGCACAUCCUGCAGAGCACCGGCAGGGCCAAGGACUUCCUCACUGAUCUGGUGAUGUCAGAGGUGGACCGAUGCGCCGACCAUGACGUCCUGAUCUUCAGGGAGAACACGCUCGCCACCAAGGCCAUCGAGGAGUAUCUGAAGCUGGUGGGACAGAAAUACCUGCACGACGCGCUAGGAGAGUUCAUCAGGGCUCUGUAUGAGUCUGAUGAGGUGUGUGAGGUGGAUCCUGUUCGAUGCUCCUCCAGUGAACUCUCUGAACAUCAGAGCAACCUGAAGAUGUGUUGCGAGCUCGCCUUCUGCAAGAUCAUUAACUCCUACUGCGUGUUUCCUCGUGAGCUGAAGGAGGUGUUUGCAUCGUGGAAGCAGCAGUGCGUGUCUCGCGGCCACCAGCAGGACAUCAGCAAGCGUCUGAUCAGCGCCUCUCUCUUCCUGCGCUUCCUGUGUCCCGCCAUCAUGUCGCCAUCGCUCUUCAGCCUGAUGCAGGAGUACCCCGAUGACCGCACCUCACGCACGCUCACGCUCAUCGCCAAGGUCAUCCAGAACCUCGCCAACUUUACCAAGUUCGGGAACAAAGAGGAGUACAUGGCGUUCAUGAACGACUUCCUGGAGCACGAGUGGGCGGGGAUGAUGCGUUUCCUGUCGGAGAUCUCCAACCCCGAGACGCUGUCCAACACACCGGGCUUUGAGGGAUACAUCGACCUCGGCCGCGAGCUGUCCGUGCUGCACGCCCUGCUGUGGGAGGUCGUCUCCCAGCUCGACAAGGGUGAAAAUUCCUUCCUGCAGGCCACCGUGGCAAAGCUGGGCCCGCUGCCGAGGAUUCUGGGAGACAUCUCUCGCUGCCUGGCGGCGCCGACGCCAACGGCAGUCCAGCAGCAGCUCAGACGCUUCCAGGAGCACAACCUGAGCGGCAGCCUGUCGUCAGGGUUACAGCGCAUCUUCGAGGACCCCGCCGACAGCCGUAGUGACGUUCGCAGCCUUCAGUCUCCGCUGGGCGGCGACCUGUCUGAGGGUUUUGUUCGGGGUCAGCGCCCCCUGCUGGCCCCGCAGCUCCCCUGCAGCCCCGCCAGCCUGUCGGACCCGGAGGAUCGAGACCCGCUGCCCAACGGACGCAGCAUCUCCCUGGUGGACCUGCAGGACCAGAGCCUACAUGCCGCGCCGCCGCCUCACCACGAGGCCCCGCCCCGCCUCAGCAGGGUGGGCUCCCAGGCCUCCAUCGGACACACCCCGCCCCCGCUCGGCUACCCACACUCCAACCCGCUGACCCCCCAGCCGGCACCGCACCCGACCAAAGCCUCGCCGCGGGACGUGACGCCGCAGAGCGCGCCGCAGGUGAGGCGGCCGCUGCAUGCAGCGCUCAGCCAGCAGCGCAGCCUGCAGCCGCUGUCCUUCCAGAACCCCGUGUACCACCUGAGUAACCCCGCCCACAGCCUCGCCGCACGCUCCGCCCACUCGCUGCGGCAGGACUCCAGCUCCGAGAACCUGAGCACGGAGAGCUCCCACAACAGCCACAGCAACUCCGACGACUUCGGCAGCCAGGUAGGGGUCAAAGGUCGCGUAGCGUCCAACAGCAGCCUGGAUGAGUCGGGCAGCAGGCGGAGCAUCCAGAGUGAGGAGUGUUCCACGCCGCGUCGCCACCCCCCUGACCUCCCGCCCGGCGCUGCAACAGCAGUCGCCAUCCCCCGCCAGAGCACGACGGCGGGCACCGCCCACAUCGUGAAGGUGGAGCAGCAGAGCCGAGGGGGCGGGGCAAGGACGCCGCGCUCCCUCCCCCACAGUGCCUCGCUCCGCAGCAGCAGCAGUGCCAACACCGAGCCACCCGCCGCCUCCGCGCAUGCCGCCCGCCAGCAGGAGAACAUGGCUCCGCCCCCGAGGACCGCCACCAAGCCGCCGCAGCAGGUGGUGUCCCCGGUGGAGGCGGUGGCCAUGUCUCCGGUGGAGAGGACGGCAGCCUGGGUGCUGAACAACGGCCAGUACGAGGAGGAGGAGGAGGGAGGAGGAGCAGGAGGAGUAGCAGGAGGAGUAGCAGGAGGAGUAGCAGUAGCAGGAGGAGCAGGAGAGAGGAGCAGAGAGGAGGGCAAGAACACUGAGAAGUAUGAGCAGGAGAUUUCCCGUCUGAAGGAGCGUCUGCGUGUGUCUGCUCGUCGUCUGGAGGAGUAUGAGCGCCGUCUGCUGGCUCAGGAGCAGACGAUGCAGAAGCUCCUGCAGGAGUACAAGCAGAGACUGGAGGAGAGCGAGGAGAGACUGAGAAGGCAGCAGGAGGAGAAGGACGGACAGAUGAAGAGCAUCAUCUGCAGGCUGAUGGCGGUGGAGGAGGAGUUGAGGCGGGACCACGCCGAGAUGCAGGCGGUGAUCGAAGCCAAACAGAAGAUCAUCGACGCUCAGGAGAGGCGGAUCGGCUCUCUGGACACGGCGAACUCGCGGCUGAUGGCGGCGCUGACGCAAGUGAAGGAGCGCUACAGUGUCCGCAACGGCCUGUCGCCUAGCAACCCUACCAAGCUGUCAAUCACUGAGAACGGAGAGUUCAAGAACAGCAGCUGCUGAUUGGCCGGCCGGGACAAAGGGGCGGGGCUAAGACUCUUAAAGCUACGGCGGCAAGAAAGAAUCUAUAAAUACGAGUGUAAAUACUGAAGGUUUGAUCUGUUCAGUGUACAGAGAGAGAGAGAGUGUGUGUGUGUGUGUGUGUGAGUGUGUGUGUGUGUGUGUGUGUGUGUGUGUCACAGAAGCACAGUGAGGAAGAAACAAACCAAAAACUAAAACGCACUCAAGUUUUCUAACCGACUUUUUUAUCGUUUUUAUUUUAAUCUUAAUUUUUGUUUUUGUCGUCAGACUGAAGUCCAUUUAUUUUAUUUUAUUGUUUUAUUUUUUAGAGUGGAGGUUUUUUUUUUUGUUUUUUUUACCUGCUGAGAUGUUUUUGUGGGUUUUAAUUUAUUCCUCCACCUGUUGAUCUACUGAAGAGACUGUGUAGGGUCAGGGUCAAAGGUCACACCUGUCUGCUGUCCCACGUUGAAUAAAAGCUCCUGAAAGUCAAA